AUGAUAGUAGGAGAUGGAAAGGAAACAAAGAGAUAUGGAAAAUGGAAAUGGAAAUGGAAAAUGAAUUUCAGAUCUGGUCCGGUCCAGAGGGGGUUUUAUCCUAUGCUUAUUCCAGCUCUUGAAAGCGAACAAAACGAAGGAACUGGCACCGACAACGAGGAACAGAAGAGAAAAAAGAAGAAAGAAAAAAAAAAGCAGGAGAAGAUGGAAGGAAGAGAAUAUGGUGGUAUCGACCGAGGGAAAGACAUGUCAUUUAUGUAUAGACAUGAACAGGAAAAGGGAAAAGAAGAGAAAAAGAGAAGGAGAGAAAAGAAUAAGGAGAUCGUGAUGGUUUGUUUGGAUCGUAUAAUGCGAUUGCGGGUGGCCGGAGACAAGAUAGCGGAGGAGGGAGAAUUAGAUAUUAUCGAGCAAGCAAGCAUUGGACGGACGGGACGGAGAACGAAGAGCAGGUCUGGUGGCCAUGACUGGAGGAACGGAUUAAAGCCAAGUCGAGUGGCAGGGUGGAAUGUUCAAAUAUAA